AUGUCACAGAGUCGACCUGGGUUAUUCCCAAGUUUGCGCAUGGGUGAGGUCAUUCGCGAAAAGGUCCAAGAUGGCCUUACUGGUGAGCACAAAGAGAUCUCGUACACCCAGUGUAAGAUCGUGGGCAAUGGGUCCUUCGGUGUUGUCUUUCAGACCAAGAUGGCCCCAAGCGGCGAGGACGCUGCCAUCAAGAGAGUCCUCCAGGACAAGCGGUUCAAGAACCGUGAGCUUCAAAUUAUGAGGAUUGUGCGCCAUCCGAAUAUCGUCGAGUUGAAGGCCUUCUACUACUCCAACGGCGACCGAAAAGACGAAGUGUACCUCAACCUGGUUCUCGAGUAUGUCCCUGAAACGGUAUACCGUGCCUCGCGCUACUUCAACAAACUCAAGACCACUAUGCCCAUGCUCGAGGUCAAGCUUUACAUCUACCAGCUGUUCCGGUCGCUAGCCUACAUUCACUCCCAAGGAAUCUGCCAUCGUGACAUCAAACCCCAGAACCUUCUCUUGGACCCUAACACCGGAAUUUUGAAGCUGUGUGAUUUCGGAUCCGCCAAGAUUCUGAUUGAAAAUGAACCCAAUGUCUCCUACAUUUGCUCUCGGUACUAUCGGGCUCCGGAGUUGAUCUUCGGUGCGACCAACUACACAACCAAGAUCGAUGUAUGGUCGACCGGUUGUGUGAUGGCCGAGUUGAUGCUGGGACAACCCCUCUUCCCUGGUGAAUCGGGAAUUGACCAGCUGGUCGAAAUCAUCAAGGUUCUUGGCACUCCCACUCGAGAGCAGAUUCGGACCAUGAACCCCAACUACAUGGAGCACAAAUUCCCUCAAAUCAAGCCACAUCCCUUCAAUAAGGUACCUACCUCUCCCAACAGCCCCUCAACGCUGCCGGCGCUAAUCACCCAACACCAGGUAUUCCGGAAAGCGCCUCCGGAGGCCAUCGACCUGAUUUCGGCCCUAUUGGAGUACACCCCCACUGAGCGACUGUCGGCCAUUGAGGCCAUGUGCCACCCCUUCUUCGACGAAUUGCGAGAUCCGGCUACCCGUUUCCCCGAUUCGCGCCAUCACAACAACCCGGUCAAGGAUCUGCCCGUUCUCUUUGACUUCUCUCGACACGAACUGUCGAUCGCGCCAGAAUUGAACGAUCGAAUCGUCCCUCCCCAUGCUCGACCAGCCCUGGAAGCACGUGGCCUCGACAUCAACAACUUCAAGCCCCUUUCCAAGGAGGAGAUGAUGGCUCAUCUCGACUGA